CUUUCUUGUUUGGGGUUAUCUUGCUAUGCUUUUGUUGUUUUUUUACCGUUAAAAUGUACAUACAUUACAGAAAACAAUUCAAAUAAGUUAGUAAAAAAGUGUGUAAGCAUAUUAUUGAAUCGAUACAUGAGCAAAAGUGCCUAAUUAUGUCUACUGGAACGAUAAAUAACUACAUUCAAUUUGUGGAACGGGUUUUCCGAACUUGCCAAGGCGAAACCCUCGGAAAACUGCUCUCCUUGAGAGAUGGACAUGUAGCAAACAGAAACCUACGAUCUAGCGACAUCGCUUCAUUAGUAGAAGGCAACUGUGUGGCGCCUCUCGAUGAAAUAAUUAUAGCACAUCUUUCGUGUGUAAAAGCACUGUACAUGAGAAAUUAUGAUGAAGCGUAUGAGCACCAGACAGCUUGUGUGGCAUCGGUAGUGAGGCUGGUCCAAGCACAACAAGGCGAGAACUGGAUUCUGCCACUUCUAUAUGCUGUCAGUUUGGACUUGAGGCUAGUUGCUUUGAAAACAGAAGCUGUUAAUCCCACCAAUGGAAAGACUUUGGAAAAGGCCGCAGAUAGUCUUCUGGCUGGUUUCAGAGUGUGUGUCGGAGACACAAGGACAAAUGAGCCAUAUACCAAAAAAAUUGGCAUGCUGACUAUUGUCAACCAACUGCUGAAGGUUUAUUUUUACAUUAAUAAAAUACAUUUGUGUAAGCCACUGAUUAGAGCUAUAGACUCCACAAAUUUGAAGGAGCCCUUUCCACUAGCCCAGCGAAUUACGUACAAGUACUUUGUUGGCAGAAAGGCCAUGUUUGAUUCUGACUACCGCUCAGCUGAUGAGCACCUGUCUUUUGCAUUCCAAAACUGCCACAGGAAAAGUAUAAAGAACAAAAAGCAGAUAUUGACUUAUCUGGUGCCUGUGAAAAUGUUGCUUGGAUUUAUGCCAACCAAAAGAGUAGUAUGCAAGUAUGAUCUGGCACUGUUUUGGGACUUGGCCUGUGCGGUGAAGAAUGGAAACUUGCGAGGCAUUGACCAAGUAAUGGAGGAACACGAGAGCUUCUUCAUCCAGGCUGGUAUCUAUUUAAUUGUUGAGAAACUGAAGAUUUCUGCUUAUAGAAAUCUCUUCCGGAGGGUGUAUUUAGCAGAAAACUCCCACCAGAUUGAAAUAGCCAGCUUCCAAGCUGCUUUGCAGAUAAUGGGCCAUGAUGAUGUGGAUGCUGAUGAGACACAAUGCAUUGUGGCCAAUCUAAUUUACGAUGGGAAAAUAAAAGGGUAUAUUUCAUACCAGCAUCAGAAAGUUGUGGUUAGUAAACAAAGUGCAUUCCCAGCGUUGACCUCAUUAUACUAAACUUUGUAGAUUAAGUAACUUUUGUAUGAACCUUCCCAUAAAUAAAAAACCAAUCACAAACUUUUUUAUUAAAUCCACAAUAUAUUUCAAAGAAUAAUAUAAAUAUAAUAAAUUUUGCCCAUCACUAACAUAGCAUUAUAUCCAACAAUGCUGCAUAUAUUUUUAAGUCUUACAGUUAAAACGUCUGUGAUUCUAAUAGAAAGACACAAUCUAAUCUAUUUUUACAGCGAUGUCCCUUAUAAAAUACACAGUUUAAAGUUUGUAUGAAGUUGAAAAUUGAAAGGCUGCAGUGAUGUGCAAUGCUGUUCAUCUGUUGUUAUCUGUGAUUGAUCUUGCUACAGUAUAUUUUAAGCUAAUUCAAAUAUCUUUUGCAUCAUGCAUUUGAUUUUUAGAUAUGUUUCAGUGCAACAUUUGAUAUGCAUUUAACAUAUUACUCUAAGCUCUUGUGUAAAUUUUCUUUUGUUAGGAAGACAUUUCACUUUUUUAUAACAUAAAAAGAUCUAAUUGCACAUCACCACAUUUGAAAAUUUAUUUGGUAGAAAAAUAUUACGAAAUAUUUGACUAGCUAUUCAUAUAUUCUUUUAUUUUUAUAUAUUUUCUUAUAUUAAACACUUACUAGCUAACAUGUUUCUUCUACAUGUCGUUAAAUGAAGAUCUAAACAGGGAUAAAUACUGUUAAAAUACACUGAAAUGUUCCUAAAAGCUUAAUAUAAAGGCUCUGUAUACAUAUACUUGAAAAGACAAUUAUAUUUUGUUCUACUAUAAACUACUAACUAAAAAUAACAUUUUUUGCCACACUAAUCAAUGAUAGUUUAUUAUAGAUGUCAAUAUUUACAUGCUUUUUACUCUGUAUUGUAAAGUGCCUAUUAUUUUCAAUUCUACUACUAACCAAUUUACUUACUACAGGAAUUGGGAAUAGUUUUAGAAAUUGAAAUUGGUCACAUCAUCUGUGCGAUUUUUUUUUAUCCCAUCUGUUUUCAUAGUUUGUACCACUCUAUUACUGCAUGCUGUACUGUUACAUCACACACAUACCUAAGUGGCAGUUAAAUAUGCUGACAACUAUAAUAAAUUGUCAAUAAAAUCUUAUACAUUUCAUAAUAUGAAAGCAUUGAAUGAAACAUUAAAAUGUACUAAAACAACACUAUAAAAUACAUUUUGCCUACAAUCAGUUAAAUACAAUUAAAUAUGUUUAUCAGAAUAAAAAUGCAAAUUAGAUAGAUACAUCACAAUUUGUACUGCAUAGCUAUAAUUAUGUGUAACUGACUUACUUACACACUAUUGUAUAUUAGCAAUGGAAGGAAUAAAAUAAAUUGUGGAAUAAAUUUUGUU